AUGCAUCUCUUCCAACUCCUCACCAUCGCCAUCACCGCGCUAGCCGCAACCUUCCACCUUGCAGCAGCAUCCCCCGCGCCAAAACCCAACCCAGAACGAAUCACAGUCUCCCUACUGCGCCCCGACGACUACAAUCUCCGCCGCAGAAUCACUCUCCAAACCGAAUGCCAGAAACUCGAUUACAGCAACAAGCACGAGUUCCCGCAGGGCAUCGAGGGCGCCGAUAUUCCGGAUGGGUAUCGGUGUAGAUUUUGGAGGUCGGAUGCGUGUAAUGGGGGCGGUACUGGCGAUCUUAAGAAUACUAGGACCCUCGGUGCUCGCUUGUUUGUCCCGGCGUUUAGGGGGAUUAUGCUGAAUUCGUUUAAGUGCUAUAGGGGGGAUUAG